AUGGAAUUUGUGGUGUAUGAAGACCAGGUCAUGUCUCAAGAUGGUAUGGGAGGCUACUCCAUAUCGGAGCAUCGCGUGGACGGCCCGGGUGAUGGCAUGUCUCUCUCAAGGGUCUUCCGGGACGACGGGACGGUCCAAUCAGGGAUGGCUGUUCCGGCAUGUCUCCAAGGGAAGGCGCGAGCAGCUGUCAAGUUACUGUGUAGACGGAGUCGUCAAGAGCUUUCCCGUCCCCUCUUGCCUUUUGGAAAUCCAGAGUGUGCUUGUGACAGUGACAUGGUGACUAGUGACGAUGACUGGUGGAUAGAGGAUGGGAAAGAAUGA